GGAGGAGGGCUGUGCUGUGCAGUGCGCGUUUUGACAGUUUCAAGUUUCCGAGUCCAAUCGGCAGGUGAAGUAUUGGGGGCUCGCGGCUGUGGUAAAAAGGUUUUUGACUUGUGUUUGCCGGCCCUUGUGGAAUGGCUUAUGUUCCGAUGAAGACCCUGUGAUGACAAAAGGUGGACGAUUAUGGAGACCGAUGAGACUACUGGUGACCCGUGGACUUCCUGUUCUCCAGUGCCUAGGGACAACAUGUACUCCAACUCUCUUGACCAUCCUGGUAAAAAGAGAAAGCAGGAUCCAGGCCCCCUGAUUGAGGAUGACGAAGAGUACGACGACGACGACGACGAGAAGACCUCUCCAAUGAUCAAGGACUCUGAGGAGCCCAGCAACAAAAGGGUUAAACCAGUGGGGAAGUCCAACAGCAUGACAGGCAUCAUCACCCCAGUGAAGACCCCGGCCCUCAAACGCCUGGGACAGUCCAUCACACGCUCCAUAAGUUUCCGCACAGAGGCGCGACCCUUGACCCCGGUCCCCCUCCGCUCACGGCAGAAGGCGGCCUCGUUUCCGAGGCGACGUAGCAGCCAGUGCUGGAGCGACACGGUGCAGAGCCACGACCUCACGGCCAAGGAGAUCAAACGGCAGGAGGUGAUCUAUGAACUGACUGAGGGAGAGAGGCAGCUGAUCGACGACUUCAAACUUGUCAAGAAGGUGUACUAUGAGCCGAUGCUGACUCUACACAUCAUGACAGAGAGCGAGCUGGGGCAGAUCUUUGGGACUCUUGACUCGCUCCUACCCCUCCACGAAGACCUCUUGACCCGGCUGGAGGGGCUGAGAGGAUCAGAGAAGACUGUUGGUGAGGUGGGGCCCACUCUGAUGGACUGGUUCCCUUGUCUAGAGGCCUAUGUGACCUACUGCUGUAACCAGGUGGGGGCCAAGGCCCUGCUCGACCAGAAGAAACAGGAAAAGCGCGUGGAGCAGUUCCUGCGCCUCUGUCAAGAGUCCUCCUUCAGCAGGAAGUUAGACCUGUGGAACUUCCUGGAUCGCCCUCGGAGCCGCCUGGUCAAGUACCCCCUGCUGCUGCGGGAGAUCCUGAAGAGCACUCCAUCUGAGCACCCGGACGAAGACACGCUGCCCGAUGCGUUGGAGAUGAUUCAGAGUAUAGUGUCUGAGGUGGACAGGAAGACUGGGGAGGCAGAGUGUCAGUUCUACAGACGAGGCCUGAUCUACCUGGAGGACGGCCAGAGACUCUCGGAGAUCCAGCUGUCUCGCUUCCUCUACUGUCACGGAGAGCUGAAGAACAACAAGGGACAGCGGCUGCACGUCUUCCUGUUUGAGCUGGCCCUGGUGGUGACUCGACCAAUAGAGGACAAGGAGGGGGUCGAGGCCUUCCAGGUGUACCGCCAGCCCCUCCCAGCCGCCCAGCUGUACGUGGAGGACCUGCCCGACAGCGAGGGGGGCGGAGGCGGAGCCUUCAGGGGAGCCUUUUCGUCCGGGAACGACAAAGUGAGGAACUGUUUCCGUGUAAGUGUGGGAGGGCGCAGCAAGGCCCAGUCUCACAGCCUGCAGGCCAACGACUCCUUCAACAAGCAGCAGUGGCUAUCCUGCCUGCGCCAGGCCAUGGUCCAAUCACGAGACAGGGGAGCCCAGACCAGCCAAUCGCAGCCGUCAUCCCGCUUCUCCCCUGACCUGGCUCACAUCGCUGGGCUGAGCCUCAGCUCAGACACAGAGAUGACAGACAGAAGCAAUCAAUGACCGAACAACGACAGAUGACAGCACAGUAGCAUUCAGUGUCUCACCAUUAGGACUAAUUCCUUCGACUUGAAGAAAAUGUUUUCUCUCACACACACACUUACACGUGUAAAUAUACAUAUGUGCACACACAAACACACCUACAUAUAUUUACACAAACACACACACCUACACACAUGCACCAGAAGGGUGUGCCUAUUUUUACACUUGAGCCAUUCCACUUUGAAGUGAACUAUACAUUAUUGGUUUUAUGUACAGAAAACAGUGUUAAUGAAUGUAACAAUUUGAUGUUAUUGUUUUGGUUUUUCUUAAUAAACUGACAUUGAAAGUC